AAUCACCAAUCCCAUCCCCAACAGCUCCAAGGCCAACUCUGCUAUGUCUGUUUGACUUUCCAGGUGCCUGUGACCUUCGAGGAUGUGGCCGUGACUUUCACCCAGGAGGAGUGGGGGCAACUGGACCCAACCCAGAGGACCCUGUACCAGGAGGUGAUGCUGGAAAACUGCAGGCUCCUGGUGUCUCUGGGGUGUCCUGUUCCCAGACCUGAGCUGAUCUGCCAGCUGGAGCACAGGCAGGAGCUAUGGACGGUGAAGGAAAACCUCUCCCACAGCACCUGUACAGGUGACAGAGAAAAACUCAAAACCACAGAACUUACCACUUCCGAGCCAGCCCUGUCUGAGAGAUUCUCACUCCAGGGACAACUAACACAAAAAGUUCCAGUGGUCUCCCAAGUGGACCAAACCAAGGAUUGGAAUGGCCCAUCGGAAGUGUCCCGGCAGGAAGGACACUUGAAACCAGGGAUAGACCUCCUAAGGGAGAAGUUCCCUGCGCACCCAGAACAUGGUGGCUUAGGGGCAGUUGAUGGGGUGUGUUCAAGGACUGUGCAGGAGCCAGUCCCUCCAGGAGGUGCUGUCCUUGACUCACGUGAAUUGGGUAAAGAUUCCACGAUUCAGGAAGAGGAAAAUACCUUUAAAUGCAAUGAAUGUGGGAAAGUGUUUAACAAGAAACACCUUCUUGCAGGACAUGAAAAGAUUCACUCUGGUGUGAAGCCAUAUGAAUGUACAGAGUGUGGGAAAACGUUUAUUAAGAGCACACACCUCCUUCAACACCACAUGAUCCACACAGGGGAGAGGCCCUAUGAGUGCAUGGAGUGUGGGAAGGCCUUCAACCGCAAGUCAUACCUUACACAACACCAGCGGAUUCACAGUGGAGAGAAACCCUAUAAGUGCAAUGAAUGUGGAAAGGCCUUCACUCAUCGCUCCAAUUUUGUCUUGCAUAAGAGGAGACACACUGGAGAAAAAUCCUUUGUCUGCAAAGAAUGUGGGCAAGUUUUUCGACAUAGGCCAGGAUUUCUUCGACAUCACAUCAUCCACAGUGGUGAGAAUCCCUAUGAGUGCUUUGAGUGCGGCAAGGUCUUCAAACACAAGUCAUACCUCAUGUGGCACCAGCAGACGCACACUGGGGAGAAGCCCUAUGAGUGCAGUGAGUGUGGGAAAGCCUUCUGUGAGAGUGCCGCCCUCAUUCACCACUAUGUCAUCCACACUGGGGAGAAGCCCUUUGAGUGCCUCGAGUGCGGGAAGGCCUUCAACCACAGGUCGUACCUCAAGAGGCACCAGCGGAUCCACACUGGGGAGAAGCCUUUUGUGUGCACUGAAUGUGGUAGGGCCUUCACCCACUGCUCCACUUUUAUCUUGCAUAAGAGAGCCCACACUGGAGAAAAACCUUUUGAGUGUAAAGAAUGUGGGAAAGCCUUUAGCACUAGGAAAGACCUUAUUCGGCACUUCAGCAUCCACACUGGAGAGAAGCCCUAUGAGUGCAGUGAGUGUGGGAAGGCCUUCAACCGCAGGUCAGGCCUCACGAGGCACCAGCGAAUUCAUAGUGGAGAGAAGCCCUAUGAGUGCAUGGAGUGUGGCAAAUCCUUUUGCUGGAGCACUAACCUCAUCCGACACGCCAUCAUCCACACUGGAGAGAAGCCCUAUAAGUGCAGUGAGUGUGGAAAGGCCUUCAGUCGCAGCUCAUCGCUCACUCAGCAUCAAAGGAUGCAUUCUGGGAGAAACCCUGUCAGUGUAACCCAAGUGGAAAGACCCUUCCCAGGUGGGCAGACUGCACUUACUCUCCGAGAACUCCUGUUGGGGAAAGACUUUUUGAAUGUAAACACUGAGGAAAAUCUUUUGCCAGAGAAAACAUCUAACACAGCAUCCAGUUGUACAUACCAAAGAGAAACCCCGCAAGAAUCUUUGCCAUGAGGAGACCUUGUGUUGCAGAUCAUCACUUGUCACGGGAAGACACUUUUUAGAAAUUCACCCAGCCUGGAGCCUUACUCUGCACCUGAGAAUUUAACUGUGAGGGCGUGCACCAAGGAAAACCUUCACCUCCAUCUUUGUACUUAGUUUACAUUGCAGUGUAUCUCAGGAAUUUUUUUUUUUAAAGGAGAAAGAAGAGAAAAUGCAAUGAGACUUCUGUUAAGCCUACAGCACUUUGUCAUGGAUUACCUAGUUUACUUGGGGCAAGGGGGUUGUUUCAGGGGCAUGGGCCUUGAUCCUUAUGUGUUUUGUAUACAUUCAUUGCUGUCCAAUGUCAGGAGUUAGACAUUGGAGGGCGAGUAUUUGAGAAGAUAAGGAAACCCAUAUGAAUGGGCAUAUUUUAUUGUACCAGUUAAAACUUAAGGAUUUGACUUUUUAGAAACAAACCAUUCUUUAUUUGGUUUUAAAACAUAAAACUUUUUCUUAAUCCCAAUUUAUUGUUUUAUUUCUGUACCUAGAUUGUAAAUCUUAAAAAUUGAGUAAAGUGAUUCCUCUCUAUAUUAUUUAAAACUGACUUAGCUUUUCUAGUUCCUUGAACUUUGCAUAUAUAUCUUAAAGAUAAGCUUGCCUAUUCUUACAAAAAUGUCUUACUCUCAUUUUGAUAGAAAUUGAUUUAUGCUGUAGGUCAGUUUGAAAGUCGGCAUCAUGAACAAGUACAUGAUGUGACUACAUUUAUUUAAUCCUUGAUUUAUAGCAGUUUAUAAUUUUCAACAUACAGGUUCUGAAAAUUUUUGUUAGGAUUUGUAUCUACGUUUUUGAAUGAUAGUGAGUGGCAUUGAUUUUUAAAUUUAAAUUUUCCACACAAUCUUUGGUAGUGCACAGAAAUGUAAUUGUGUUUUGGGGUGUUGUUUUGGUAUCCUGCAGUCUUGCUGAAUUCACUUAUUUUUUGCCAUUUCUUUGGAUAGAAUCCUUGGGGUCUUCAGCUGCAAGUAGUUUUAUUUCUUCCUUCCCUGUUUGUAUGCCUGUUAUUUCCUCUUCUUAUUGCACUAGCUAGGACUUCCAGUAUGAUACUGAAUUGGGGUAGUGUAGUAAGAAAGAACAUUCUUGACUGGUUUGUGAUACUUUCAGGAGAACGUUCAGUUUUUCAUCAUUAAGUAUGAUAAUAACUAAGUUGUUUUCAUAGUUUUCUCAUUAAAUUUAGAAAGUUUCCCUCUAUUAAUUUGCUGAGAUCUUUUAUUAUGAAUAAGUAUUGGAUUUUGUCAAAUGCUUUAUCUUCAGUUGAUAUAAUCAUCUGAUUUUUCAUCUAUAGCCUGUUGGUACUAGGGUUUUUAUAUUCCAUAUUAAAGCAUUCCGUUUGAUUAUA